AUGAGACUAGCAAAGCUCACGACAGAGGUCGCGAAGAAACCAGAGACAUGGCAAUCUAUAACGGAGAUUAUCGACUCGGUGGAGCAAAUAACUACCGCACAGGCAAAUGCCCACGCUCACCGCUAUGUCAUCGACCAGAACAUCACUGCAGCCAUCAGCACCACUCCAGAAAGAAUUGCAUCCGUCCUAGACCAUCUCCACCAAUUCUACAUAUCCUUUCCACGAACAGAACAUCAUUUUAAGGCAGCCACUGCAGCAUGCGCCGAAGCUAGUAUCAUCUUGCACCUUCUUUUCACCCGCUUGCGUCGUAAUCGUGCUGUGUGUUCUCGUAGCUCCACUCACUCGAAGAAACGAGACGAACAAGAAUGGCAAGCCUCCACCACCGCACCGUCUACUUCAACUACAGGCGUAUCCACAACAUCCGCUCCCGCUCACACCACCUUAACCACUUCAAGGAAAUCAUCAUCUUCAUCCACGAUCUCUAUUUACACCAUCUCUAUUUCAUCCACGUCACCAGGACCGUCGCUCAAACGCCACAAGGCCCACUAA